AAUAAUGAAAAGCUUCAUUUCAGAUCUCACUAACUGGUACUUGGAUCAUCAUCAUCAAUUAAAAUGGAGACGGCAGCUGGAGUUGUAUGGAAACUCACCAAGAUGCAGGGCAUCUUGAAACUGUUGACAUAUCUACAGCUGACAGCUUAUUUGUGGCCACCAGAAGCUACUGUAAAAGAUGGAGCGUAUGCUGAUUUUGUAAUAAUUGGCGGUGGGACUGCUGGCAGCAUAAUUGCAAGUUCUCUACUGAAAUACAAACACGUAAGCGUGAUAGUUGUUGAAGCUGGUGGUAUGGGCGAAUUUGAAACCCAGCAAGCAGGAUUAUUUCCAUUAACUAAGAAUACAGAGUAUGAUUGGCAAUUUAAAACUGUAGAAAACAGAUUAAUACAACAAGGGAAAGUACUGGGUGGAUCCUCUCAAGUGAAUUACAUGAUCUAUGGUAAUGGAUACCCAGUAGACUACGAUGAAUGGGCAUCUAUAACAAACGACAGUACCUGGGCUUUCAAAAAUAUCUUCCCUCUCAUCAAACAAACUGAAAAAGUCACAGACAAAACCAUUCUGAAUUCACCUGAUGUGGCCUACCACGGCACAGAAGGCAAGAUACGACUUAAAAGAUACCAUUCUGGGCAAAGUGAUGCAGCUUUAAACGCUUAUAGAGAAAUGGGUUACAAUGUUCCAAACGAUAUCAACCCAAGUCACGAGUUUGGUUUUUCCAAUGCUUACCUUGCUAUUGGACAGGGUAAUAGACAGAGUACCGCCUAUUCGUUUUUCAGUUCUGAGAGGGAUAACCCAAAUUUAAAAGUCUCGUACCACUCCGUAGCUACCAAGAUUAUUUUCGAUGAAAACAAACGCGCUAUUGCAGUGAGAGUUCGCACAAAGGACAAAAAAUAUAUAACUAUAAAUGUAAAAAAGGAGGUAAUCGUUACUGCUGGUACUUUUAAAUCUCCCCAAGUGCUUAUGCUUUCUGGCAUCGGACCGAAACAGCAUUUGGAGAGCAAAAACAUCAAAGUGGUUUCAGAUUUACCUGUAGGCCAAAACUUGCAAGACCAUCCCACAGCUGUUAUGGUAUACAAGAUGGGUCCAGUACAACCUGCGCCCCCACCAAAUCCUCACGAAUUCCCAGUGGAAUUGAUCACAGGUCGCGUGGCAAAGGAUAAAUGCCAAAAACGUGCAAACUAUAUAAUCCAUAGUGGAGUUAUCGUCUCUCCCUUGUUUUUUUUCACACUUUGUAGCUAUGUUUUCAAUCUUAGAAAUGAAGUUUGCGAUCGCAUAUACAAGGAGCUCUCUGGCAGACAGAUAUUUUUACUUACUAAUGGUCUUUUGUAUCCUGAAUCACGGGGUGAAGUAAUUCUUAAUAGCACUGAUCCUGAAGAGAAGCCGAUUAUCAAACUUGGAUUAUAUUCUCAUCACCGAGACAUAGAACGCCAUGCCGAAUAUGUACAGCAUUACUAUGAGAAAGUGAAGGCUCACUACAAUAAAAGCAAUGGCUAUGAAUUUGUUGAUCCAGGACUAGAGUUGUGCAAGGGACUGAAAAACGGGACACAUGAUUAUUGGAAAUGUUAUAUUCGGGGGAUGUCAACAACUUUGCACAACUACGUCGGUACUUGUGCCAUGGGAUCCGUGGUGGAUUCAAAGCUUCGAGUGAUAGGCGUUAAAGGCGUCAGGGUAGCUGAUGCCAGUGUAAUGCCUAAAAUAGUCGGAGCUAAUGUUGAAGCAUCAGUCAACAUCAUCGCUGAGAAGCUUGUUGAUAUUCUGGUUCAGAAAUAUAAACCUUCUGCUUAUUAAAUAAAAAUAAAUUCAAUUGGAAGAUUACAAUGGUGAUUUUAUUUAAACAUUUUCCCUGUUACCUUUAUUUGCAGUUUCAUCUACGUUUUAACUUAAGUAUGAUUUUUAAUUUACCUCUAUAUUGGUAGAUGUUUGACGAUAGUUAGAUGAACGUGUAGAAUUAUUGUCCAACUACAUAAGUUAGAAGAUUAACUGAAAUAUUGUACAAAUCCAAUACACAUACUAUUGCUUUCUUCUUAGCCAGCGACAUCAAGUUAGUUCUUGGUAAACCGCAAUUCUCGAAACUGUCAGGAUGGAUAAGGAUAGUGAGACUAGCGUAAGAUACUUAAUUAAAAAAUUAUAGCCAGCAUGAAGUAUUUUGCUAAUACUUUGUAAAAAAUCAUUCAACAACUAGAGAUAGACAUACAAACUUGUUUAUUAUCUAAGAGAAAGUAGGUUAUUGUUACACAUAAUAGAAAUUAAUUAAUUACAAAUUCUAAAUUUUCCAAGAGGUAUAUAAGAGUUUUUCUUUGUGAGUGAAUUCUCAGUCCUGCUGUGACAGGGUAAGUAUAUGGAUCCUUUAUAGAUAUAAUUAAUAUGGAGACUUUGGGUUUUAACUAAUCUUAUUAUAAGCAUGUUUGUUUAUGCAAACUUCAAUUAUUAGUUCUUCGAAUCUAUAUAAAUUAUUAUCAUAUUCAAAGUAACUAAUGUUCUCCAGCAUCGUGUCGCUAGACAUACAUAAAAAAAACUGUCUAGUUUCCCAGGAGUGGGAUGAUAAAUAAAAGAUCAGCGACGAUGAUGAAACACGAAGUAAACGAAUUGUAAUCUCAUUUCAGGCUUCACGAACCGAUGUUUUAAUAUUCCAAAACUGAAAUGGAUGUAGCAUCAGUUCUAUCAAAUGUCGCCAAGACACAGAAUAUUCUCAAGUUGCUGACGUUUCUACAGCUGACGACAUAUUUAUGGCCACCAGAAGCUACUGUAAAAGAUGGAGAAUCAGCAGAUUUCGUAAUCAUUGGGGGUGGAACUGCUGGAAGUAUUAUUGCCAGUUAUUUAGCAAAAUAUGAAAACAUAAGCGUUUUAGUCAUAGAAGCUGGUGGCAUGGGUGAAUAUGAAACUCAGCAACCAGGACUAUUUACAUAUCUGAGAAACACAGAAUAUGACUGGCAGUUUAGAAUAGAACGCGAUGUGACGAUGAAACCUAGAGAUAAAAGUGUAAUACAGCAAGGGAAAGUGCUUGGUGGGUGCUCUCAAGUAGGAUUUUUGGGUUAUGGCAUUGGACACCCUAGGGACUACGACAAAUGGGCAGUCAUAACCAACGACAGCUCCUGGAAAUUAGAAAAUCUUUAUCCUCUUAUCAAAAGAACAGAAAAAGUCACAGACGAAACCAUUCUUAAUUCACCAGAUGUCGCCUUUCAUGGUACAGAAGGCAAACUGCGCAUCAAAAAAUACCAUUCUGGGAUAAAUGAUGGAUUCUUCGAAGCGUAUAAAGAAAUGGGUAUCAAGGUUAUUAACGAUUUCAAUGCAAAUCAUACAUUUGGCUAUACCAAUGGUUACGUCACUGUUGGACAGGGUAACAGACAAAGUACUGCUUAUUCCUUUUUGAGUCCAGAAAGGGAUAACCCCAAUUUAAGAGUCUUGUACCACUCCGUAGCUGCCAAGAUUAUUUUCGAUAAAAACAAACGUGCUGUUGCAGUGAGAGUCCUCACAAAGGAAAAGAAGUAUAUAACCAUAAAUGUAAAGAAGGAGGUAAUCGUUACUGCCGGUACUUUUAAAUCUCCGCAGUUGCUUAUGCUUUCUGGCAUUGGACCAAGACAACACUUGGAGAGCAAAAGAAUCAAAGUUGUUUCAGAUUUACCGGUAGGACAAAACUUGCAAGAUCAUCCGUCAGUAGUAAUGGCUCACAAAAUGGGUCCGAUGCGUCCAAUACCACCAAGAAAUCCUCACGAGCAGGUUGUACAAAUAAUGGAAGGUCGUGUGGCCAUAGAUGAACGCCAAAAACGUGCAGACUAUCUACUCCGUAGUGCACUUAGCUUCAAACAGUCGUCAGUUUUACAACUUUGUAGCUUUGUGUUCAAUAUUAGAGAUGAAGUUUGUGAUCGUAUAGCAAAAGCAACUUCUGGUAGGGAGGUAAAUUUUGUAACUCAUCUUCUUAUGUAUCCUGAUUCGCGGGGUGAGGUUAUACUUAAUAAUACGGAUCCAGAAGUGAAUCCAAUUAUCAAACUACGAUAUUACUCUAAUCCCCGAGACAUUGAACGACAUGCUAUAUAUCUAGAACAUUACAAUCGAAUAGUAAAUACUUCGUAUUACAGAAGACUUAAUGCUGAAUUUGUGGAUCCAGGACUAGAAAAGUGUCAGGGUCUGGCACAAGGAACUCACGCUUACUGGAAGUGUUAUGUUCUAGAAAUGGCUUCGACUUUGAACAAUUUCGUCGGCACUUGUGCCAUGGGAUCUGUUGUGGAUUCAGAACUUCGAGUGAUUGGUGUGAAAGGUGUCAGGGUAGCUGAUUCCAGUGUAAUGCCUGAAAUAGUCGGAGCCACUGUUCAAGCAACAGUUAACAUCAUCGCUCAGAAACUAGUUGAUAUUUUAAUUAAAGAAUAUAAUCUUUCUGCGCGUUAAAUAUAUAAUUCAUCCUAAGAUUACAA